GUUUUCACUGCGCAUGUGUGAAAGCCUGCAUUUUCUGGCGGGCUGAUUCAAAACAUAAACAAGAUGGACCUGAUUUCUGCACUGCAGUUUCUUCACUUACAUGACGUCCCGGAAGCCUGGGUGGAUGCAGUUUGGGACUUAGAGUUCACAGAGAGAAAACCACUGGAUAACACCCUAGAGGAAGAACUGACAGGGAGUGGAGACAAAGCCUUCAGAAACCUGCACCAGUGUUUACUGGUCCAUGCAGCUGACCAACAGCAGUCUGGCAGUGGUGGAGCUUCACAGAGUAUCUGGGCAAUUCUGGGGGAGAAUGGCGUGUCAGUCAAGUCUCUGGUCGCCGUGCUGUCCUUCUUUGUCCUGGCAGGAAAAGCCAAAGCAGCCAAUGUCCAGCAGAGAGUGAACAGUCUGCAUGCUGCCUCACUCUACAUGCUGCUCCUGGGAAUCCCAGGGAGCAUUGCCAACAAGGUUUUCCAUGAGGUUUUGUUGGACACAUGUUCUGACUUGACCUCUCACUGCUGGCCUCAUGACUCUGGAAAGAAGCGUAAGAAGGACAGCCUGAAGAGUUCUCAAGCGGAGGGCAAACGCUCCAAACCUCAUCGGAAAGACACUCCUGAGAUGGAAGUGGAUGAAGCAGAUGAAGAGGAGGAUGAGGAGGAGGAGCUUCAUUUCUCUGGUCAGGACUUGAUGAAGAUCAGAGAUGCAGUUGUUCUCCUGGUUAAAAGCCUUCUCAGAUUCCUGCAGACAUUUGCACUCAAAGACAGACCACAGAGCGCCAGUAACUGUACACAGAUCUUCAGUAAGCUGCUUUACUUUGAACCAGUGAUUGGAGAGCUAACCUUUUCUGCUAUACAAGAUAUUGAUAAGCUGAGGAGUGUUCCUGAGAUGGCUUUUUGUGGUCUGCAGCUGCUCUGCUUGCCAAAACAUGGAGACCAGAGAGAAUCCCUGCGGAGGAUUUUCCACCAACUUCUCUAUGUGAUUCUGAUGAUGAAUAAAGGCAACAGAAGGAAGCCGUCCCUCCUCGUACCCAGCCAGGCUAUCCUCUCCACUCGCGACCAGGCCAUCCAUUUUGUUUGUCAUCUUGUUAAUGAGCUGAAGGAGCUGGCACUACCUUUCCUGCAUAUCCUCCUGCAGCAUAUCUGCUUCCAGAUGGUGGAGAAGAGCGAGUUUCGAAGCCAUGGGGCCCAGGCUGUGGGUAUGCUGAUAUCUCAGAUAACAAGCACAGACUAUGCCUGCUUCGUCAAGUGGCUGUUUAAGUUGUCCAGACACUCAAAGAUGGUGUGCCGGCUAUUCUCUGUGGACGUGGUGAUGAUUCUGCUGGAGCAGCCAGAGAGGAGGCCAGAGGACUGUCAGGACCCAGAGCUUGCCUGCUUCCUGCCGCACAAGUUCCUGAUCCAGAACCUGCUGUUUGCUCGGCGGAUGGAUGAAUCACCCACUGUCCAAGGCCAUGCCCUUGCCUGUCUAGCCCAUUGUCUGGAGCUGCCUUCAUUCAACGUCACCCGUGCCAUCCACACCCUCUUUUCUGCCACUGGAACCCAGUCAGCACUGGAAGGAGAAAUCACAGAAGGAAGCUUAAGUUCCCAGCAGACUCAGAAAACGUACCGCACUCUGCCGUUCAGGACUGUGGAGUUUAGCAGCACUGACAGCUCUGGCUGUGAUGCAAAAGACAACAUGGCUUUUCUCCUGCGGCGUGUAAAAGACUCUAAGCCUAACGUGAGGAAAUCUGCACUGCAGGCUCUGGUGGGUCUUCUGAAACAUGAUGUGAUCCCCGUGUGCUGGGAGAACUUGGCUAUGCUGUCAGAGCGUUGCAGAGACCCGGCUGUGUCUGUGAAGAAAAAAGCCUUGCAGUGUGUGGGAGAGUUGCUUGUUGCCAAACCAGAGUGCACUGUGGUGCAAAAGGCAUGGCUGCAGGGUGUGGUACCAGCUGUGGUGGAUUCUGAGAGCUCAGUGCAGGACAAAGCCCUGGAGAUUCUGGACCAGGUGCUGCUCAGCCAGGUCAAGCUGUACUCAGUCAACUGCUACCUAGAUGCCAGUCAGAAGCUGACCUGGGACCUGCUCGGCCUACUCUGUCAUGAAAGCCAGAACCUCAGCCGAUAUUUCAGCAGGGCUUUCACCAUCUGGUCUAAACAGAACAAGUUCACGCCGACGUUCAUCACCAACCUGAUUUCACACACUGAGGCAGAUCAUGCUGCUGGGGCCUGGCUGCUGCUUUCCAAGGUUGUUGCUUCAUCUCCCAGACUGCCCUAUGGCAAGAUCCUGGAUGCCUGGGACAGCAUGAUCAGCUCGAAGGACAUAAGUGUGACAACCUGCUGUCACAUCCUGUGUGUGAUAGGAGACAUUGCUGCACAUUUGAACAAAGACACCAAAGACAGGAUAGUUAAUGAUCUUAUGUCUUGGUUGAAGACUUUUACUCUGUCUCUGGAGGUGAUCAGUGCUGCUGUAGAGACUCUUUAUCAACUUGGCUGCAGUGAUGACAUCAAACAGACUCAGGCUUUUCUGAACCAGCACUGUGGUGAACUGGUGUCGGUCUGUGAAAGUUAUUUAGCCGCCAUCAUCCUGAGUGAAGAGGAAGCCCAGAACAUUAAUGAGGAGCUUAUGGUAAAACACCUCCACAUUCUGGGUGUGGCAUCACUCCACUGUCCUGAGAAGGUUGGCAAAAGAACAGUGCUGCUGGUGGAAUCUGUUCUCACAACACAUUCUGACAAAGUGGCAGAGUGCCAGGAGGAGCUGCCAGCCUCACUGCCUCUGUCCCAGUUCAAAGCAAACUCUCUUCCUACCAGAGUCCGAGCCCACGGAGUUAUCACUUUAGGUAAACUGUGUCUACAGCAUGAGGAACUAGUCCAGAAGUACCUGCCGGUGUUUGCCAGGGAGCUGGAGAUUGGCACAGACGUUGCAGUGCGAAACAAUGUGGUGGUGAUUAUGUGUGACCUGUGUGUUCGAUACACCAACAUCGUGGAUCACUAUAUCCCUAAUAUCUCUGCCUGUCUGCGAGACAAUGAAGCUGUCAUCAGGGAGCAGACACUCAUCAUGCUGACCAACCUGCUCCAAGAGGAAUUUGUGAAAUGGAAGGGCUCCCUCUUCUUUCGCUUCAUGGUGACACUGGUUGACCCAGUUCCUGCCAUCGCCAGUCUGUGUGAAUACUGCUUGCUCCACCUCCUGCUGAAGAAGAACCCAGAGAUGUUCAGCCAGCACUUCAUCGAGUGCAUCUUUUACUUCAACUCCUACAGCAAACACAAGUCCUACAACAGGUUCCCUCAAAGUGAGAGUGAAAAGGUCCGGUUCUCCCUGAAAGGAGCUCAGCACCGUGAGAAGCGUUUUCGGAUCUACCGCUUCCUGCUGGAGCACUUCACAGACGCCCAGCGCUUCAACAUCUCCAACAAGAUCAGCCAGACUGUCUUAGCAUGCUUUGUAGAUGAAGAGCUGUCUCUAGAUGCAGAAGGUGCUGAGAUUUUAUCAGAGACCUUCAAUAUCUUGAGUCUUAAGGAGAUGAAGCUGCAGGCCAUAUCUGCUCUAGCAGGAGUCACAUCAGGGGAGGAACCAGAGGAGGAGAACAUGGCCACCAUGGCUAAGGCUGUCCUGCAGGCCGCUCAGAAGAAGGUGGUGACCCAAGUCCAGAAGAAGGCCUUCAUAGAGAACACAGUUCCUCUCAUCAUCAGCCUGAAAAGUCUGCUGGAGCAGAAACGCUCUCCCGUCCUCGGAGACCUCAUGGCCUACCUCCAGGUGACAAUGCAAGAUUACCGUAAUGAAGUGAAGGAGUUUUUCUCUGGAGAUGAACAGCUGGCGUCUGAGGUGGAGUUUGCUCUGAAGAAAGCUGAUAAGGAGAGAGAGAUAGGAGGAACAGAUGGACAACUGCACCCUGACAGGAGAUGUUAAGACUCCCACUGCACAGGAUUCAGUCCAGGAUUCUCCUCUCAGGUCCAGGCCCCUCCUCCCAUCUAGUUUUGCCACUCCACAGCCACCAUGUCCAAACCGCCUGUAUGUCAGACAGUCACACACUGACAGGCGUACAUACAGAUCCAGGCAGGGGGAACAAAUGCAG